AUGGAAUCCAUCACGUCCGCGGCUGAUCUGCCAGCGCUGGCGGGGUCUGACUCCCGCAAUGGCAAAUGGGAGCGCCUCACGCGUGACUACAGAGCAGCCGAGUUUGCCAUAUCGGUGUUUAUGUAUGGCUUUGCGCUCUUCUUCGCCAAGAUUCAGGUCGCACAGCGUGAGAUCCCGAACAUCGAGGUGCAGCUGAACGCAACAACUUCAGUGUGGGCGAGGGACCCGACGAUAAAUAACAAGGAGAAGGCGCAACAAGUUCCGAUGGUCGCUCUGAUCGGUGUUGGCGUCGGAGCUCCGAUCAUUAUCAAUUUGUUUAUUAAUUACGCGCUGCCCAAGUUUCACCGCGUGCGCAUCAUCCCGCACGAUGUCCGUGAUUUCUUCCUGACGAUUGUGCAGUCCACAAGCAUGGCGACAUUGCUGACACAGUUCACCAAGAACAUGACUGGACGCUUCCGCCCGUGCUUCUAUGACAUGUGCAAGUGGAACUACGAUGUCGUAUGGGACGGAGUGACCAACCUCUGCCAAAGCGCGUCGGGUGAGAAGGAAGGUCGCAAGAGUUUCCCAUCCGGACACGCCUCUUUUGCAUUUGCGACGAUGCUUGUUCUCACGCUCUACUUGCUGGGUCGAUCUUCAUUGAACUGUGAAAACCGAAGUGAGACGAUGAUGCGGGGUGGACGGAAGACGCUUAAGUUGUUCCUCUGUUUUAUCCCUACAUUUCUGGCGGCCUGGGUGGCAGUAACUCGAACGAUCGACAACUGGCACCAUUACGCUGACAUCCUAGCAGGUAGCAUAAUCGGUGCCGUCUCCGCUUGCUUGUCGUAUAGCUACAACUACGCUUCCAUCUUCCACAGUGAGCAUGCUGGCGUUCCUCUGCAACGAUGUCAUGCAGUGACCUGCAAGGGCAAGCUGAGCUCGAAUGGUAGCGGCAUCACAUACGCGAGUAGUGGGUCACUCAGCACUGACCAGGAAAGCGAGUUAGGCAAGAUGGCAAACGCGCGCAACGACUAUGUUGUGAAUGUCCACAACCGAGUCAACAAUAAUGGUAACUAGGCGCCUGCCUGUAUUUUGCGUAUGCCCUGGGUAGAUAGUAAUCGAAAACAACCAUUUUCUAACCAAAAUA